ACCAGAGGACCACAUCUGGGAUUAAAGAACGCACCCUUCGCCUCGCUUCACCCACCAGUCGUCAAGAUGCCUCCUUUCAAGGACGAACAUAUCCUCAUAAUUGCUCCAGGCUCGCAGACCACCCUUGCGCAGCUCGGGCUACCAGAGUCGUUUACUCCUCCAACCCACCGGUUCCCUACCCGCAUGUUCCCCGCCCCAGAUGGAAAGACCUUCGAGCCGUACAAGAUUAGAUCUAGGAAGAAGCUUGUAACUGCUGAUGGGGAUGUUGAGAUGGCUGGCGCGGAUGGGAAACCGGAAGAAGAGGAGGAGGAGUUCAUUGAGCUGCCAGACGAUGAUGAGGGGGCAAUAUACCCACUCAAGGAGGGCCGAAUUGUCAAUAUGCCCGCGUUUUUCGCAUUGCUUAACCAUAUUUUCGUAACAUUAUCACCAACUCUCCACACUCCCGUCAUGUUGAUCGCGCAACCAGCUUGGACCGCCAAAAACCACGAGGAUAUCACUCAAUUCAUAUUCGAGAAAUUCAAGACACCGGCACUUUGUAUCAUGGAUAGCGCGCUUGCAACAUCGUAUGCAUAUGGGAUCGCGAACGCCACAGUUAUUGAUGUUGGUUUUGAGAAGGUCGAUGUUACAGCCAUUACAGAUUUCCAGAUUUCGGGUAGAGGCUGUGUCCCGCACUCUGGUGGAGAAGGGAUGACGCGAAAUCUGGUGGAGCUUCUCAAAUCGAAGGACCUUACUAGGGAUAUGGCGGAGCAAUUGAAGAAGAGCCCUAUAUGUGAGAUCUUACCUGCGGGGACUCCAUUGCCCGGCACUGGUGAGGCAGCUGAAGAGGUCGUGAGCAAUCCUGCCGCUGCUGCAUCUACCGGCGCGACCGCCUCAGGGCCAAAUGUCAAGAUUACAGACGCUCAUGGUGAAAGUGGACAACAUCAUGGAGCUGGGGAAGAGGAUGGUGAUGGAGAGGGCGAAGAGAAGAUUGUAGAUGAAGAUGGCAACCUAGAUAUCGCGAGCAUUGUGACAAGUGGGAAGACGCAGGAGUUCCUGGCGAAGCUGGAGAAGGAAAAGAAGGCAGCUCAGCGCAAGGCCAACAAGGAUGCAAAAGAAGCCGCGGAGGCUGCGGCUGCGGCUGCGAAACCUAUCAGACUCCCGAACUCGAAGAGACCCCGCGUCGUCUUCCAUUAUGAAGAGAUAAUACAGGAUGAACCGAAUCCAAAGAGACAGAAGACUCCAGAGUCCGCCCCUACGACGACUGCUGAGGAAACUGCAGCUCCUGCUGUUGAAAAUCCUGAAGACGAUUCGAAUCAACAGAAAACAACGCAAAAGGAAGAGAGGCGUAUUAAGCGGGACAUUGAAAUUGGAGUCGAGCGCUUCCAAGCUGCAGAGAACGGGUACAUGGAUGCUAUCGCAGACGCAGUUUACAGAACCGUCCUUUCUGUCGACGACAUUGCGAAGCGACAAGACGCGUGGGAAUCCCUGAUUCUGUGUGGAUCAGGAUCAAAGGUCCGAGGUUUCAAGGAUGCUCUCGUGAAUAUCCUCAACAACCGUUAUCUUGUCUCGCCCAGCUCUGCAACGAUGUUUAUGAGCGAGCUUCCCUCGAAUCUAGCCACGCCCAGCGGCACUGGAUCCAUGACUCCAAAUGCCUCCGUCUCUUCAACACCCAACCAACCACCCACUGCCAACGCAGUCAAUCCUCUACUUCUCGCAGCAACAACAGCCACGAAUCCCACUCUCAACCCAAGCGCAUCAAUGACGUCCUAUACCGGCAACCAAGCCCAUUCGUCGCAUUCUCAAUCGCCAACAAGCAUCAAGUUCGCAAGCCCUCCAUCCUAUUUCCCCGAGUGGAAAUCCUACGAAGAAGCCAUGUUCUUGGGCUCGCAGGUAGCAGCCAAGGUUAUCUUUGUCGUUGACCAGGGAUUAUCAAAGGGCUUCCUCUCACGGGUCGAGUUCAACGAGGAAGGCCCUGCGGCUAUUCAUCAAGUUGGCCUUGUGUAUUAAUGGGGUUUUGUUUUCUUGGAGAAGGGGGGGGCGUUUAGGCGCAUGGCACCUGUAGAUCAGUUAUUUAUUUAUUUAGUGUCUGAAGAUGGAAGAAAAAAAAAGUGUAAUACCCUCUUCAUUACCUACGGUCUCCAGCUCUAUCCAAGCUAACGAGAAUAUGUAAAACUACUCUUUCAAAAACC